UAGGGGAAGAAGGACAGCUACGCGUUACCAGACGAGUGUUCGGGUUCAGAGCAGCAUGACUGCUGAAGCUGUGGUCACCGUCCGCCUGGUGAGGUCCUUCGAACACAGGAACUUCAAGCCGGUUGUGUUUCACGGCGUCCGCUUGGAGCAGACCGUACAGGACUUCAUGCAGCUCGUCAAAGACGAUAUUGCAACAAGGCCAGGAUUUCCACCUCCUUUCAGGAAAUAUGGUUAUGACACGAUGAAGAUUAUCCAUCAGGCUCAUGGAGCAAAGACAAACGAGUUAGUGAUGAGUUUAGAUGAUGAUGAAACUCUGGUUCUACAUGAAGGCCAAACCCUCAGAGCUGCUGGUGUUGCUCAUGAGACAGAAGUGGCCUUCUUCAGGAAAGCAGACUACAGUCUCUAUAAAGCAAACCCCCAAACUGCCUGGUGACUGCGUCAGAGGACAGUUCAUAUACACAGGUCUGCCUGGAACAAGUUUUGUCAUGUUGCUACUGGACUGUUUUCAUUUGUGGGAUUUUUUUUUUCUCCUUUAAAGUCAAAGCUUAUUAUCCAGCAGACUAACAGGACGUUUUAUUUAAUAUUAAUUUUUUUUUUAUGUGAAUAUGACUUUUAUGAACAUCUUUCUGUUGUUGGUGAUGUUGUAGAUAUGCUGAAAGUUUUAAAGGUUUUAAGGAACAAUGUUACAUCUCCAGCAUUCGCUCUGCUCUCUGUGAUCAUGAGUAAAAUGUUUGUGUUCUCAGUGUAAUUCAGAGAUGUUUUCAGACGUGUUUAUAUUUUUUCAUACUUUGUUGCCAAUGUAAUUGUGAGUGGAUACUUUUGCUAAUAAAAUGUGCGGUUCAAG